UGUUCAUCUUCAGAACACAAAUUAAGAUAUUUUUAAUGAAAUCUUGAGAGCUUUCUGUCCCUCUUUUGAAAGUCUAUUCACCCGAAACUUUUGACGGUUCAAAACAAUCAUAAAAAGAUUGUGAUUUUUGACAGAAUUUUCAUUUUGGGGUGAACUUUAACCAGAGAAUCAUAGAUUUCAUCGGAGAUGACUGUCCCUUCAUUAUCUUCUUGGUCUCAGUCCCAUUUCAGUGUCCUAAAUUUGAUUUUGCGAUUAGAGUUUUAUGUGUACAAUUUUUGCAUGUGUGUUAACUAAAAAAAAAACAUGGUGAAAUCUGUGCAUGAGGGCAUUUUUGUGAAGAUUAAAAAAACAAAAAAAUCACAAACCCCCCAAAUGGAAUAAAAUGGACCAUGUGUGAAAACAGGUGAAUAGAGUUUAAAGUUUCCAAGAAUGUGUCUUUGUUUAGGGAGCUGAAGUAAUUCUCUGGGAUUGUAUGCUAAUAGAAUCCGUUUUAAUGUGUUUGCAAUGAAGUAAAACUGUAAUUCGCUUUGCAUUAUUGACCUGGAAUAAAGAAACACAAAACCACUGCCACAAGAAACAUUCUUUUGGCGCGUCAGCCUGAGCUCCAGUAGUUUAUGUCCGUGAACAUAUUUGCUGUGAACAGAAAUGACCGAAUGUUUCAGUGCAAGAGUUCUGAAUGUUCUCUGUGUUUCUCCUUUAGAUCUGAUGUCUUGAUAUUCUCCUUUCCUCUCCUGUUUGAUGAGGUGAAGUUCAUGUGACCUCCAGAAGGUGUGCAGGUCAUAGAAAAACACACUUACCAUCUGGACACAAGUGACAUACACCCUCAUUACUACAAAAUUACACACCACAAGACACACUCAAGUAUGCAAAGAGACGGCUGUGGACUGCAUUAGAGAAUGGGCCUGUUUUACAUUUGUUUUCUGUUCUAGUGGCUUCUAGAGGGAGAGGGAGAGGGUUUUUCUGUUGCUCUAAUUCUCUGAUUUAGUUCUGGUUAGGUCAGAAUAAGCCUCCCUGAGUGUUAGAAAGAAAGUUAGAGAGACUGUGUCUGUCCAUCACAAAGUGAUUGUAAUUCUAAGCAUUUUACAGCUUCUCUCACAUGCAGAGAGAUUUCUUGGAAGGAAUCCUUGCUGCUUAUGAAAGAACAAAAAAUGGGGUGAGUGGAAAGAGGAGAGGAGGGAGAUGUGUGCCAGUGUGUAUGUGACUCGCUGUCUGGGGGUGAGACACACACACACACACACACACUUAAAUACCAAAGAGAAAAACCCCCUUUCUCUAAAACUUUCUCUCACACAAACACACAUCUCCAUUCAGAGACAGCGCCACUGCAGUACUUCUCAUUAAGACCAGGACAUACACACACAUUUACACACUUACUAACUGUCUUGUUCUGCUCAUGGCUUGUGAGAUGCAACUGCCGACCUGGAGCGGACACCAGUGGAGACUGAUCCAGCAUUUCCUCCAGAUGACCCUAUUGCUCGCCCUCCUGUGCCCACCCGCAGAGCCUGUUCCCUGGGACAAUGACUUCAGCAGUGGCCCUGGAGAGGGCUGUGAGGGUUUCCAGGUGGAUGUAUGUGGUGUGUGCGCAGGGGAUGGGAGCUCAUGUGAGCUGUUCAGUGGGACACUCUUUCUUUCUGUGCUCUCUGUUGGUUACCACAAGAUCCUGGACAUCCCCUCUGGAGCUCAACGAAUCAAAAUACAGGAAACACAGAAGACCAGGAACUACUUAGCUCUCAGGACAGCGAGUGGUGAAUCAGUGAUAAAUGGUAACUGGGUAAUCGACAGGCCAGGAUAUUUCUAUGCUGUGGGUACUCAGCUCACAUACAAACGGCCCAAUGAGAUACGCAGCAGAGCGGGAGAAUCCAUCACUGCUCCUGGCCCAACCAAUCAGGAGCUGCAUCUCUUUGUGAUUUAUCAACAGCCCAAUCCAACAGUGUAUUAUGAAUACAUUCUACCCAAAGACCCCAUCACCGACACUUACUCAGAUGCCUAUUCUUAUUCUAGUGUACUUCCUCUGGAGAGUCAUGGAAUGUUUCCUGAUCCUGAGAAUAGUGACGGUACAAGCUCAAUGGGCAGCCCUCAUCCUAACCAAGUUCCUUCGGACCCUAUAACCCCUGAACCAGUUCCUCAAUACAGCUGGGUUGCCACGAAAACAACACCCUGCAGUGCCACCUGUGGAACAGGCAGUCGUCAAGUUGUGUUCAGCUGUGUGGAAAGGGCCACUCAAACCACUGUACCGGGGGAUCUCUGUAGCUACACCAGUCCGCCUGGCCCCCAGGUAGAAGAGUGUCGAUCGCAGCCUUGUCCAGCCUUUUGGGAUGUAGGGGAGUGGUCUGAGUGCAGUAAGACCUGUGGUCCAGGUUUCCAGUAUCGUCAGGUGAUUUGCCGGCAGACGCAGGGACACCAUGGCAAUAGCACAGUCAUCGUGGCGACCAGCCUCUGCGACGACACAGAGAUGCCAGAGACGACCACUGUGUGCCAGCUCAAGAUCUGCAGUGAGUGGCAGAUCCGCUCAGAGUGGACAGAGUGCUCUGUGCCGUGUGGAGUAGGGCAGCGCAGAAGAGAAGUCGUGUGUGUGGAUAACCUGGGUGACAUCGUUUCCGAUGAGGAAUGCAACAUGGCGCUUCGCCCCCUGGACCUGCAGAACUGUGACAAAGGAGUGUGUGCCAGCAGCUGGUUCUAUUCUCUCUGGAGUGAUAGGUGCUCCGCAGACUGUGGGGAAGGAAGUCGCAGCCGGUCAGUGGUGUGUAUGAUGAGUCAGACCAACUCGCUUCCACUGGACAACUGCGAUGAUGAGGAUAAAGCCGAGGAGCUCAUGCCGUGUGACCUGGGACCCUGCUCACAGCGACUGGAAUGGUACACGGGACCCUGGGGACAGUGCUCGUCUGAAUGUGGCAAUGGUACCCAGAGUCGAGGUGUGGUCUGUGUUCUCCAAAACAAUGACCAAUUAGAAGUCACCUCAGAUGAGCGCUGCUCUCAUCUGCCCCUUCCUCCGAGCGGACAGACCUGCUAUUUGAAGAGUUGCGGUGCGCAGUGGUACAUGACGGAGUGGAGCUCGUGUUCUCGUUCCUGCGACGGAGGCUUUCGAGUGAGGGAGGUACGUUGUUUGCAAGAUGAACUGACCACAAGCCAUGACUGUGAUCCUGCCCUUGAACCUGCAAAUCACGAAAAUUGUAACACACACAUCUGCACGCCACAGAUUGACGAGUCCUGCAGGGAUUUGUACUAUAACUGUGUGGUGGUGGUCCAGGCUCGUUUGUGUGUGUACUCAUACUACCGCACCACAUGCUGUGCAUCAUGCUCUCGGGUCAUUCAGAGAGACACGCUGCAUAGAAUCAGGUGAUCCGGUCGGCUUUUUGGGAUGUGACAUCACCACUCGUUUUUCCUUGAAUUAUAAUGUCCUUGUCUCAUCAUGACAUCAUCACCCACCUGUUUUCAGCUGGAUCUGACAUCACUGUUCAUCACCUCUCUGUAUUUUACUUCAAAAGACUUUACGUAUACAUUACCUGCCUUUCUUUUUUAAAACACAAAAUGAGAAUGCUCUAUAAACAAUUGAAUAUUUAUUGCAAAUAAAAACAACUGAGCCUCUUUUACUUCAUUUAUCAUGUUCAGUAAUGUCUAAAAAUUAACAAUGAAUUUUUUUUUUAAAUGAAUCUUUUUUGACUAUUAAUAAUUUAUGACUAUUAACCUCUAAAGGACAUCUUUAUUAUCUAAAACUUUGCUUCUCAACCAUUGUAGAGGGGUCCUUGUAUUUUUGAUAAUUUAAAGAGAGGUCCACAUCCAAUAUUAGUCAAGGUUUCUUGCUUCAAAAUGAGUUUAGUUUUCAAAAUAACUUUUUGAUUCUGAAUUUUUAAGUUCAAAUGAAAUGGAAGUAGCAACAGAUCUUCCGAAUUUUGAAUUGCAUGUCUGUGUGAAGAGAAAAAAUUGGCGGUUAAUGACUCGAUUUUGAAUGAUUCUUAUUACCAGAAAGAAGUCUAUUGGUUAUAUAUACCAGAAGAUUAAACAUUAACACGUUGAAAACUUUUUUUUUUUUUGUAAACGAAACAUGCACGGAUGAGUUAUAGUUUUAUAAUGUGUGUAGAAAAUAAACUGGGUGAAAUUUAAUUGCAUGCAGGCUUAAAAUGCCUGUUUUAGCUACAUUUAAGACUUCUGUGUGUGAACACUUGGUGUGUGGAAUGAAACGGUGCUUAUGUUGUUAGCUGAAUACUGACAAAUUGUCUUUUUGGACUGGGGAGGUUUUGAGUUUUGAUUCAAAAGAUCAAAAAUAAUGUGAUUUGUCCUGAUAUGACCCCUUGAAGAGGUCACUUCAGUACGAAUAGUACAGACUAGCCAGAAAUGACCCUCUCACUCUGAAAAAUGGACACAAGUAAAUAAAUAAAAAAUAAACCUAAUGAUAAAGGUGAAUUCUAAAAUAUAGGAAAGUGUUCUUUCAGUGAGACACUCUAUUUGCUAUAAGAUGUACAAAAACUAAACAAGUCAAACAAGAACAUAAAAUGCUCUGAAAAUGCUGUAUAUUCACAGUGGUGUGUAUAUAAUGUGGGAAUGGGAAUAGAAUGAACCUAUACUUCCUGUAAGAUAAUAAAGUCCAUUAUUAAUAAAAUUGUUAUUAACUCAUUAAUACCAUUAUUAUUUAUAGGGAAAAAAUCCCAUAAGUGCAAUGUUUCAAUAUUGGAAACAAGCUUCCAGUGAAAAUAUUGAUAUAAAUAAUACCAUUCAUUUGUGGAAUAAAAAAAAAAUCUUAAUCUUGGCAUUCAAAAUGAAACAAUGAUAUAAAACAAAAUUAUUAAUAGGCGAUCCACUUACAAACUUUAUUAACUAAUUUGUCAUGUUAAAAACAUCUGCUUUUACAUUAGUUAACAUGAACUAACUUAAUGUCAAUUUCCACAUUUACUAAUACAUAAAUAAAACUUGUGUUGUAUAUGUUAUUCUUCAUGUUAUUUAAUGGACCCGAACUAACAUAAAAUGGUAGA